GUCGAGACGAUGAUUCAAGAAGCAAAUGAAGAAUGGAGAAGAAUCAACGGAGACCUCGAACCACCGCUACCGUUGAUAAAGCUAAUUGUCGAGCUUGGGGAGCUGAUGGAAGACAAGGCGAUAGACUGGAGUCGUGGUUUUGAGACACAGGUGGCUAAUCCUAAACAUUCUGAUUUAUUCAAAACUAUAACGAAGCGCAAAAGAGCAACGUCUUCAAUACCGCUUCCUGAUAAUGAUGAGCCUUGGGCACAAAUCCUCCCCAAUAUGGCCUCCCGACUCCAAAAUUUGACCACUAUACCAUGGGAACCGAUGGAAUUAGCUAUAAAAAAGUCUGUAAACUCUGCAGCUUCCCAAAGCAUUAUCGAUUGUUUGGGUAGUUCAGAGCGAAUUCUCACUGAACGAUUGGGGAGACUUCCGAUAGAGACGUUGGAGAAUGAGACUUUGACUACUGAUGCGAUGCGUCGUUUUACAGAAGAAAUGAGAGCAGAAUUUCGUGGAUCAACUGAUCCGUUCGACUGGUUGGAGCAGUCAAACAAUGCAAAUGCCGCAGAGGACGAUGAAUCUGACAGGUCUUCAGAAAUGAUGGAUUUAGACAAUGAUAGGACUGGCGAGGCUGACUC